AUGGCGUCAAUCAGCAGUCUCCUGUCUGAAGAGCAGUUCCUGUGCUCCAUCUGUCUGGAUGUUUUCACUGAGCCUGUUUCCACUCCGUGUGGACACAACUUCUGCAAAGACUGUAUCGCAAGAUACUGGGCAAGUGGUGAGCAGAGUCACUGCCCAUUGUGUAAUGAGACAUUCGACCGAAGACCAGAGCUUCGAGUCAACACAGGAUAUAGACACAUUGUGGAGAAUUUCAAGAGAGUUAGGUCCACUGGCAAGUGUGCGGUCAAACAAGAUGAGGUGCCCUGUGACAUCUGCCCUGACACCAAGCUCAAGGCCCUGAAGUCCUGCCUGGUGUGUUUGGCCUCUUACUGUGAAAUGCAUCUAGAGCCUCAUCACAGAGUUGCAGCCUUGAAAAGACACAAACUUAUCAACCCCAUAGAGAACCUGGAGGACAGGAUGUGUAAAACACACGAUAUGGUUUUCGAUCUAUUCUGUAAGACAGAUCAAAUAUGUUUUUGUGUCAAAUGCACAGAACACAAGACUCAUGAUACAGUCCCUGUUGAGAAAGAGUGUGAAGAGCGGAAGGCUCAGCUAGGGAAGGAACAGGCAGCACUACAGGAGAUGAUAGGAAAGCGGGUGCAGAAAGUCGAGGAGAUCAAACACUCAGUAAAGCUCAAUAAGAAAGAUACAGAGAGAGAGAUAGCUGAGAGUAUUGAGGCCUUCACUGCUUUAAUUAACUCCAUCCAAAGAGCGCAGACUAAGCUGUUGGAGAGCAUCGAGGAGAGACAGAGAGCAGCGGAGAAACAGGCUGAAGAGUUCAUGUGCGAGCUGGAGAAGGAGAUCACCACACUCCAGAGGAGAUUCACUGAAUUGGAACGUCUCUCACACUGCGAGGACCAGAUCCACCUCCUCCAGAGCCUCUUAUCCUCAUCCUCUUCCUCCUCUCUGUAUACCAAAGACUGGUCUAACACCACUGUCCACAGUCAUCUGUAUGUAGGAACAUUGAGGAAAACUGUGGUUCAUCUGGAGGAGACAUUCACCAAAGAGUUGGAGAUGGUCAUCAGAGAAGUCAAGUUGUGUGAUGGUAAAAUUAAGAAAGGGGCUGAUACCAUAGAGGAACGAAAUGAGAACGAAGCAUUAAAGAAACAAACAGACACAAUCAAAAAUGACGGAGAGAAUAGGCGUGAUGAUUUAAAGCUGGAAACGAUUCAGCAGCAGCAUGCGGUGGAUGUGACCUUGGACCCUGCCACUGCAAAUGUUUGGCUCAUGAUUUCUGAGAACAGGAAAGAGGUGCAGAUGGGUUCUACUAUUUUCUAUCUCUUUGGACAAACCCGCGAUUUGAUUACCCCUACAAGCUUUGAUAAAUACUAUUAUGUGCUAGGAACCAACGGAUUCUCCUCGGGGAGAUUUUACUAUGAGGUUCAGGUUAAAGGGAAGACUGUGUGGCAUUUAGGAGUGGUCAGAGAGUCAAUUGAGAGAAAAGGGGCUCUACUGCCUUGCCCUAAGAAUGGUAUGUGGAGUAUAUGUUUGGGGAAGAGAAAGGGGUACAAGGCUCUACAUGACACUCAUGUAAAGCUCUCCCUGAGAGAAAAGCCAGAGAAGAUCGGUGUGUUUGUCGACUAUGGGAAGGGACUGGUGUCCUUCUUUAAUGCUGAGACAGGAACUCUCAUCUACUCUUUUACUGGCUGCAAUUUCACUGAGAAGCUCUAUCCAUUAUUUGGCCCUGGACCACGUGAGAACGGUAAAAACUCUGCCCCCCUGAUCAUCAGUCCUGUAAAAAAAAAACGAACAUGGAGUGUAUCCGCAUGGGAGGCAGUAUCUCAUUGUUUCUCCAUCCUUAUUUUACCUGUCAUUUACUAUUACUAUAUUCACAAUAACUGA